UUCAUUUUAUUCGUACGCCGGUAGAGAACAGAUCGUUUCGUUUUAGUAAGUCCACAGAAAAAUUCUCGGUCAACCUAAUUCACCCGAGUUACUUUUGAUGAACUUUCGGUUUAAUUGAAACAAAAAAUAAAAAAUUAAAAAAAAUUAAAAAGAGAAAAAGAACUAAAAAAGGGUAGAGAAAUUAUUCUCGUGUGUGAAUUGAAACAGACAUCUUUGCCCAAGUUACCGGUGUUGGUUUGUUGCGUUCGCUGGGUUUAUUAUUUGAAAGUCGACACUUGUUUUGCGGAGUGAACAAUCGACCAAUUAAGAUGAACAAGAUGGGGCGCUUCCAGAGCUCCUUGAAGACUGCCUCGCGGGUCCUGUGCAACCCGCGCGCCUUGUUCACCGAUCCCGUUCGUUUUACCUGCGCCGACUCGAAGGCGAAGAUGAGGGGCGUGGUCGUUGGCCUGUACCAGAAGGAGGGCAACAAGGAUCCCAGACUCACGCCCGCCGGCCAGACCAUUGACAACAGGGUGAAGGGUAAGCUGAUGAAGGCGAUCUGCGAGACGAAGCUGGACGGGCGCCUGGGUCGCGGCAAGGUCUUCCACAAUCUGGACCCCGAAUUCGCAGCGGUGGCCGUCGUGGGUGUUGGCCUGGAGGGCAUUGGCUUUAACGAACUAGAGAUGCUGGACGAGGGCAUGGAAUUUGUCCGUGUGGCUGCCGGAGUGGGCGCCCGGGCUCUGCAGGAGCAGGGCGUCACCCAGGUGCUAGUCGACGGCAUGGAUUACGCGGAACAGGCGGCCGAGGGCUCUCAGCUGGCUGUCUGGCGUUUUACGGAUAACCUGGCCAAAAAGAACAUGCCAUCAAUUCCCACACUUGAUCUGCACGACUCGGCAGACCACGAGGGCUGGACGAGAGGCAUCUUCAAGGCUGAGGCCCAGAAUCUUGCCCGUCGGCUGAGCGAUGCCCCGGCCAACUGCAUGACCCCCACCAUGUUCGCCCAGAACGCUGUGGACGCCCUGUGCCCCUGCGGCAUAACCGUCGAGGUGCGCACCAUGGACUGGAUUGAGGCCCAGCGGAUGAACGCCUUCCUGAUGAUCGCCAAGGGCAGCUGUGAGCCGCCAGUGCUCCUCGAGCUGAGCUACUGCGGCACCGCGCCCGAUGACAAGCCCAUCCUCUUCGUCGGCAAGGGCAUCACCUUCAACUCUGGAGCCCUGAACCUGCGGCCGUGCAAGGGAAUGGAAGAGUACCGUGGCAGCAUGUCUGCCGCCGCCUGCUGCGUGGCCAUGAUGCGAUGCAUCGCUGCCCUGUCCUUGCCCAUCAACGUCACCUGCAUCAUUCCACUGUGCGAGAACAUGCCGUCGGGCAUGUCGGCCAAGCCAGGCGACGUGGUCACCCUGCUCAACGGCAAGUCGAUGGCCGUGCGCGAUCUGGACAAGGCCGGAGUGGUGGUGCUCUCGGACGCGAUACUCUAUGGCCAGAAGACCUACCUGCCCCGUCUGGCGGUGGACAUUGCCACGCUAAACACUGGCGUGAAGAAGGCAUUUGGUGGCGGUGCCACCGGAAUCUUUUCCAACUCCCACUACAUUUGGAAGCAGUUCCAGCGUGCCGGUUCCAUCUCUGGGGAUCGCGUGUGGCGCCUGCCCCUGUGGCAUUACUACAAGAGGCAGGUCACCGACGAGCGCUCCUUCGACCUGAGCAACAAUGGCCGUGGACUGGCCACCUCCUGCCUGGCAGCUGCCAUCCUUCACGAGCUGGUUCCCUGCGUGGACUGGGCGCAUCUGGAUACCCGCGGCACAGGCCUGAUUUCCAAGUACGGCCUGGUGCCCUAUCUGACCAAACAACGGAUGACCGGACGUCCCACACGUACACUUGUUCAAUUUGUCUACCAAAUGGCUUGUCCGGAUAUGAAGUAAGGUGUCGAUUGCUGAGCUCCGUGAUGGUUCUGUUACCGUGUGAUCUGCACUCAAUUACCGAGGCGAUGCGUUCUUUCGCAUUUGUAUAUGCUAUGUAUUGAUAUUUAAAAGUAAAUUAAGGGUUUUCGGCGUCAAA